AUGCCCGCGUCUGGCUCCUCCGUCCAGGAGCUCGUAUCCUCCGUCUUCGACACCCUCAGACUCUACUCCGUCCCCAGUGGCUUCCAUCAGCUGGCCUUCGUCCCCAUCGGAUCCGAGGUCGUCUUCUAUGCCAGGCUGGUGUCCGAGGCCUUCCGCCUUGGAUUCGUCAUACAGCUCCUCGACAUUGACGACCAAGAUCCUGCAGUACCCAAGGAGUGUCUCCUCAACCUCUCCUCGUCCUACAGCCCACUCAUCGUCCGCAUGUCUAUCGCCCUCCGCGCAUGCCAGUUCUGCUCUCCCUCCGGGAGCUAUCAGCUGCUCGUCCCCCAGGUCUACCAGGCCUACCUGUCCCGGUCCUCCGAUGACGGCCUCGAGCUGAGGCUUGCCCUCGAGAAGUGCUUCCGGCUCUGCUUUGAUGUCGAGCAGGACUGCCCCUCUCCCCGCUACACCGCGCGCAGCUCCCUCUAUGCCGAGUGCGUUGCUCGGGACGUGAGCUGCUUCUCCCCCCGGUCGUGGGACGCCUCCGUGAGUCUGUCGGUCUGCUUCACUCAGGUGGCAGAGGACGACUGCUCCUUGAUGCUGCGCGAGGUCAGCGAUGCCGUCAUGUCCAUCGCCCUGGUCCGCAUCGAGGACCGGCGCUACCUGACGUCUCUCAGCCUCCUCCUCCUGCUCCUCAAGGCGUACGUGGACCAGCGGUACCUCCUGUUCGCGGCUCCGGUCAUGCGCGUGGGCGGCUACUGCCUAGAGCGCCACCCGGGCCUGCUUGAUAUCGCGUGCGAGGCCCUCGCCUUUGACGACUUCCGCAAGGUCAUGCACCUCGCGCUCGACAUCUUGCCGCAAGCAGACGUCAGCAGCAGCCAGCGCCCGGAGGCCCAGCGUCUCCUCUUCGAGAUCCUGGAGCAGAUGCUUGACCACCCGCUGGUGCUGGGCCUACAAGACAGCAGCCCACAGAGCAUGUGGCUCCUGGACAAGCUUGGAGCGUCGAGGGACACGAGCGCGAGCCCGGCCGAGACUGUUUUGGAGUCGAUCGCACUACUCGGCGUGUGA